UGACUGCGCGGAAAGUUGUGGAACGUGUGGAAUCAGCUGGGAUAUUGUGAUGUAAUUGCAUUGAACGAGAUAUCACACAAUGAGCGUAGUUUUUCGGGCAAUAAAAGUGCAUCAGAGCGCCUUCCGGCUGGGCGCUCUGCCACGGCGGCACUUCUCCGGUGCCGCGGGUAAGUUUCCUCGCAUCACUACACACUACACGAUGAAUCCGCGCGACAAGGAUCCUCGCUGGAAGGACAUGGACAUGGAGCGGUCAGUGGACGAGGUGGAUGUGAUGAUUGUGGGCGGAGGACCAUCGGGAAUGUCGGCUGCCAUCCGGGCGAUGCAGUUGGCGGCUGAGAAGGGGAAGGAGAUCCGGGUGUGCGUGGUUGAGAAGGCAGCUGAGGUGGGUGGUCACAUCCUGUCGGGAGCUGUGAUCGAUCCGGUGUCUCUCAAUGAAUUGCUGCCCAACUGGAAGGAGUUGGGAGCACCGCUGAACACACCCGUGACGAAGGAUAAGUUUGCCUUUCUCACGAAAAACGCCCUCCUGCCUAUUCCCAUCUUCAAAGGCUGGCCGCAGGACAAUCACGGUAAUUAUAUCGUGCGUCUUGGUCACGUGGUGCAGUGGCUGGGCGAGCAGGCUGAAGCCCUCGGGGUGGAGAUCUAUCCGGGCUGUGCUGCGUCUGAAGUGCUCUUCCACGAGGAUGGCAGCGUCAAGGGAAUCGCCACGAACGACGUGGGAAUCGCCAAGGAUGGCUCUCCGAAGGACACCUUCGCUCGUGGAAUGGAACUGCACGCCAAGUGUGUCAUCUUCGCUGAAGGAUGUCGAGGACACCUGACCAAGCAGCUCAUGACACGUUUCGGCCUCAAUGCACAAUCAGAGCCACAAUCCUACGGCAUUGGAUUGAAAGAAGUGUGGGAAAUUGAGCCUGAGAAACACCAUCCGGGACUUGUGCAGCACACAGUUGGCUAUCCUCUGUCCAGUGACACGUACGGCGGCAGCUUUCUGUACCAUCUCAACGAGCCAACGCCAACAAUAGCCGUGGGAUUUGUCGUUGGUCUGGACUAUGGAAAUCCCUACCUAAGUCCCUUCCAGGAGUUCCAGAAAUUCAAGACUCACCCCAAGAUCCGUUCUGUGUUCGAGGGCGGCACCAGGAUCGCCUAUGGUGCGCGAGCGCUCAACGAGGGUGGCUUCCAGAGCAUCCCCAGACUCACUUUCCCCGGCGGAUGCAUCGUUGGCUGCGGAGCGGGCUUCAUGAAUGUGCCCAAGAUCAAGGGCACACACUAUGCCAUGAAGAGUGGCAUGUUGGCGGCUGAGAGUGUGUGCGAGGAGCUCUUCUCGGACACGCCGAGCAGUCAAACAGUGGGAAUUGAGCCCAAGAGUUACGCAGAGCGCGUGAAGAGCAGCUUCAUCUGGAAUGAUCUGCACAAGGUGCGCAAUCUCAGGCCGAGCUUCCAUGGCUCACUUGGCCUGUACAAGGGACUCGCUCUAUCGGGCAUUUCAAUCAUUCUGGGCGGUCGCGAGCCCUGGACAAUGUCUCACGGUGGGGCUGACAAUACGAAGAUCCAGCCAGCGGCCAAGUGCACGCCGCCAGAGUACCCGAAACCCGAUGGAAAGGUCACUUUCGACCUGCUCUCGUCUGUGGCUCUGACCGGGACGAAUCACGAAGGCGAUCAACCGCCUCAUCUAACACUGAAGGACGACAGCGUGCCCGUGGCCAACAAUCUGGCCGCGUUUGCCGGUCCCGAGGCGCGCUUCUGUCCGGCCGGAGUGUACGAAUUCGUGCCCAACGAAGAGGCCGGCGGGGACGCCAUGAGGCUGCAGAUCAACGCGCAGAAUUGCAUCCACUGCAAGACGUGUGACAUCAAGGAUCCCACGCAGAACAUCAACUGGGUGGUGCCCGAGGGCGGCGGCGGACCCUCGUACAAUGGCAUGUAAUCUGGAGGACGUCCUGAUAUCAAUUGAUGACAAAAUCGCAUUUAUUAUCACUAUUUUUGCACGCCCGGAGAGUCUGUAAAUAUAUUUGAAAGUACCUUCCAGUUGGUGACUGAUUGUAGUGAGAAAAAUUUAUCCAAUUGUAUACUUUUCUAAUUGCGGGGUGAAUAAAGUCGAAUUUUUAUCUUUCGAA